UUUGGUGAUAUUUUGUAUGCUAUGUGGUGCUUAUGAUUGGUGUUUGCCUUCUUUUUUUUUUUUUUUUUUUUUUUUUUGCUGUGUUCUCGUGUUUUUUUUUUUUUUUUUUUUUUUUUUUUUUUUUUCUUCUCCAAGUUCAACUUCAUUAUUGUUACAGGAUAUAGUGAAUGCAGGGUCCGGGGAGAGCGGAUAUAGUGAAUGCGGGGUCCGGGGAGAGCGGAUAUAGUGAAUGCGGGGUCCGGGGAGAGCGGAUAUAGUGAAUGCAGGGUCCGGGGAGAGCGGAUAUAGUGAAUGCGGGGUCCGGGGAGAGCGGAUAUAGAAAAUACAGGGUCCGGGGAGAGCGGAUAUAGUGAAUGCGGGGUCCGGGGAGAGCGGAUAUAGUGAAUGCGGGGUC